AUGAUUCUUUCUAACGAGCUUACUAGUCUAGAGCUCUCGAUGUCAGUCCCAACAUUCAACGAUAGUCAUAUUCCGGAAUGUCUGAAACCAGUUUAUGCAGACAUCAAAACAGACUUCGCAGCUAUAUAUGGGCGAAAGCCUGAUUUUGUCACAAGAUCACCAGGUAGAGUCAACCUGAUUGGCGAGCAUAUUGACUAUGUUGAUUUUUCAGUGCUGCCAAUGGCAAUCGAAAUGGCUGUUAUGUGUGCAGUGAGAGUCUUGCCUUCAAAUGAAAUCCCCUCGGUGACUCUGACUAACGCAGACCCUCUUUUUGCACAGAGACGGUUCGACCUCCCUUUGAAUGGGGCAGAUAUAUCUAUUGACCCCUCUGUGUCUGACUGGUCCAACUAUUUCAAAUGUGGGCUUCUUGUAGCACAGCAAUACCUCAAAAAGAAAUUUCCAGCCAAAUUCGAAGAAACUACACUCGGGGGGCUCGAAGUAUACGUGUGUGGCAAUGUAUUCACCGGGGGUGGGCUGUCUUCAUCGGCUGCCUUCAUUUGUGCCGUGGCACUAGCUGUGAUUCGGGCUAACGCAGGUAAGUCCUUCGACGUUCCAAAACAGGAGCUCACUCAAAUUACAGCUAAAGCCGAACACUACGUUGGUGUCAAUAAUGGUGGCAUGGAUCAGGCGGCCUCUGUGUGCGGAGAGGUGGAUCAUGCUCUGUAUGUGGAGUUCAAGCCGGAGCUGAAGGCUACGCCCUUUCGAUUUCCACAACUGCGCAACUCUGAAAUCCAGUUUGUAAUAGCCAACACCACUGUAGUUUCCAAUAAAGUGGAAACAGGGCCAGUCAACUACAAUUUACGAGUAGUUGAAGUUACUGUAGCAGCCAAUGUGCUUUCUGCAAAAUAUGGAGUCGUCCUUCAGCGGGUUGGUAAUCUGGAGAAAGGCACUCUUCGCGAGUUCAUGGACGCAUACUAUGGUCGUUACAAAGGGGCUACGCAGCCUUGGGACGGAAAUAUUGAACAGGGUAUCAUCAGGCUAAAUGAGAUGCUGAAGCUUGUGGAUGAAACUUUAACCGAGCGUGAGGGCUACACAGUACAACAGGCUUCCAACGCCAUAAAUUGUUCGGUACAAGAAUUCACGCGAGACUACCUCACGAAUUUUCCUGUGAGGUUUCAAGUGUUAAAGUUGUACCAAAGAGCCAAACAUGUUUUUUCUGAGGCGCUGAGAGUCCUUGAGGCGCUCAAACUAAUGACACAAGGUUCUUUUACCGACGAUGCACAGUUUUUCGAUGCCUUCGGACAGCUGAUGAAUGAGUCUCAAAAAUCUUGCAAGGAACUCUACGAGUGUUCGUGCCCCGAGACGGACGAAAUCUGUAGAAUCGCUAGAGCAAAUGGUUCUUAUGGCUCUAGACUCACGGGGGCCGGGUGGGGAGGGUGUACUGUGCAUUUAGUUCCACAGUCUAAAGUCGACAGUGUCAGAAACGCUUUGGCAGAGCAGUAUUAUGCCAAACGAGACUUGAAGGGCUUAACGUUGGAUGAGGUCGUAUUAGUAUCCCGUCCGGACUUAGGCAGCUGCAUAUUUGAAGUGAGCUGA